UAUUUUGGCGGCCUCCUGCUACUUUGUCCAUGGCUGCUGCAACUCUGCAGCCAUGGUGGCUGGCUGCUGCAAAAUAGAGUUAAUUUAUUACAUGUUAGGUGUUCUUUUGCAAAUUAUAUAUUCUCCAUUGACAAAUGGGAAAUGUGUCAGCUCCUGCCUGCAAAUAUAUCUUUACCACCAAAGCGCCAUACUUGACCGAGAACGCGCUCUGAAUCCGCACAGCCAUGGAGAAACCGUACGGAUACGCGAGCGUGAGCAGCAGCAGCGGCGUUCCGUUCGUCGGCGAUAAGGACGCUGAUCCAGAGAUGGGUGGCGGAGAGGCGACGCUUUACCCUGGCCUCAGCUACAGCGAGAAUCAGCUCCGGUGGGGCUUCAUCCGCAAGGUCUACGGUAUCCUCUCGGCUCAGCUUCUCCUCACCACCGUCAUCUCCGCCGCCGUCGUCCUCAAUCCUCCCCUCACCGAUCUCCUAACCGGCUCCUACGGCUUCCUCCUCCUCCUCUGCAUCGUUCCCAUCGUCCUAAUCUGGCCACUGUACAUCUUCCACCAGACGCAUCCCGUGAACCUUAUCUUCCUCGGUCUCUUCACUGUUUCGCUGAGCUUCUGCGUCGGAGUAUGCUGUGCGAACACAGAUGGAAGAAUUGUGCUUGAAGCACUGAUUUUGACACUGGCCGUGGUCGCCUCCCUGACCGCGUACACAUUCUGGGCGGCUAAGAAGGGGAAAGAUUUCAGCUUUCUCGGACCCUUUCUGUAUACAAGCCUCGUCAUUCUGAUCGUAGUCGGGUUUAUCCAGCUGUUCUUCCCACUCGGCCCAACCUAUGUCGCCAUAUACGGCGGAAUCAGCGCUCUGGUCUUCUGCGGCUACAUAGUUUACGAUACCGAUAACCUCAUCAAGCGCUUCACAUACGACCAGUACAUUCUGGCAUCGGCCGCUCUCUAUCUGGACAUCAUCAACCUCUUCCUCUCCAUUUUGCGGGUUCUGCGGGUUCUGAGACAGGCUGACAACUGAAAGCACACUGCCCUCUGUUUGGUUACUAUCAGAGUCGUAACUGGAAAACCGACUUCAGCCCGAGUCAUUUGUUGUGAAUACAAAUAGUAAUCCUUUCUUGAUUUCAUGUUUGAAUGUUUUCACGGUUUGCAGGUUACAGAGGUGAAAUGUAUUGGAGAAUAGUCGACACUUAUGUCUUUUUUUUUUGGUUUCUUGAGUAUUCUUGCGCAUUUGCAAUGUAAAAACGUGCUAUAUAUGGUAUAUGAUUUCACAUAAACAACAAAGUUUUGGACAAGACAGACA